UCCCAGCCUGUUGCUUAUUCAUUCAGAGUGGGAAAGCGCCUGCCCAGCGGCCAGCCAGUACCGGGCUGGCCAUGUAAGUCUCCCAGGCAGUCCUGCCUGUCCGGUGCCCUGCAGAGAGCGUCGUGCUGCCCUGGGCACCGCCCCUGCCCUGCCCUGACCCCUUGGCCUCGAAAUGCUGUCAUCGGAGGAGCCGUCCCGCUCGGGACAAGGCCAGGAUGGACAAAGCUAGAGCCCAGGCAGGCAAGGAGCCGUCCUGUCCUCGAGGCCGUGGGAAGAGAAGCACGCACAGGAGUACACUCCUGAGAGCCUCUCGGUCCACCAGGCCACUGCAGAAGGGCCACGAUGGCUCUAGCCCGAGCUGGCUGGCAGCUGGGGGCCCUGGUGUGGGGCGCCUGCCUCUGCGUGCUGGUGCACGGUCAGGAGGCGCGGCCGGGACAGGGCUCGGACGCGGGGCGCUGGCGGCAGCUGAUUCAGUGGGAGAACAACGGGCAGGUGUACAGCCUGCUCAACUCUGGCUCAGAGUACGUGCCGGCCGGGCCACAGCGCACAGACAGUAGCUCCCGGGUGCUUCUGGCCGGCGCUCCCCAGGCCCCGCAGCGGCGCAGCCAUGGAGGCCUCCGGCGUCGGCAGGCCCCGUCGCUGCCCCUGCCCGGGCGCGUCGGCUCGGACACCGUGCGCGGCCAGGCGCGCCACCCGUUCGGCUUCGGCCAGGUGCCCGACAACUGGCGCGAGGUGGCCGUCGGGGACAGCACGGGCAUGGCCCGGGUCCGCACCUCCGUCUCCCAGCAACGACACGGGGGCUCCGCCUCCUCGGUCUCGGCCUCGGCCUUCGCCACCACCUACCGCCAGCCGCCCUCCUUCCCGCAGCAGUUCUCCUACCCGCAGGCGCCCUUCGUCAGCCAGUACGAGACCUACGACCCCGCGUCGCGGACCUACGACCAGGGCUAUGUGUACUACCGCGGCGGCGGCGGCGGCGGCGCCGGGGCAGCGGCCGUGGCUUCGGCCGGGGUCAUCUACCCCUUCCAGCCGCGGGCGCGCUACGAGGAGUACGGCGGCGGCGAGGAGCAGCCUGAGUACCCGCCGCAGGCCUUCUACCCCGCGCCGGAGAGGCCCUACGCUCCGCCGCAGCCGCCGCCGCAGCCCGCCGACGGCCUGGACCGCCGCUACUCGCACAGCCUCUACCACGAGGGCACCGCCGGCUUCGAGCAGGCCUACCCGGAGCCGGGCCCCGAAGCGCCGCCCGCUACAGGCGGCGGAGGCGGUGGCGGUGCCUACGCCGGCGACCCCCGCCUCGGCUGGUACCCGCCCUACGCCAACGUGCCGCCCGAGGCCUACGUCCCGCCGCGGGCCGUGGAGCCGCAGCCCCCCUUCCGCGUGCUGGAGCCGCCCUACCUCCCGGUGCGCAGCUCCGACGCGCCCCCGCCAGGAGGGGAGCGCAGCGGCGCGCAGCAGGGCCGCCUCAGCGUGGGCAGCGUGUACCGGCCCAACCAGAACGGCCGCGGUCUCCCCGACUUGGUCCCGGACCCCAACUACGUACAAGCCUCCACUUAUGUGCAGAGAGCCCAUCUCUACUCCCUGCGCUGUGCUGCGGAGGAGAAGUGUCUGGCCAGCACAGCCUACACCCCGGAGGCCACCGACUACGAUGUGCGGGUGCUGCUACGCUUCCCCCAGCGGGUGAAGAACCAAGGCGCAGCGGACUUCCUCCCCAACCGGCCGAGGCACACGUGGGAAUGGCACAGCUGCCAUCAACACUACCACAGCAUGGAUGAGUUCAGCCACUAUGACCUGCUAGAUGCAGCCACAGGCAAGAAGGUGGCGGAGGGCCACAAGGCCAGCUUCUGCCUGGAGGACAGCACCUGUGACUUCGGCAACCUCAAGCGCUACGCGUGCACGUCUCACACACAGGGUCUGAGCCCCGGCUGCUAUGACACUUACAAUGCGGACAUCGACUGCCAGUGGAUUGACAUAACGGAUGUGCAGCCUGGGAACUACAUCCUCAAGGUCCAUGUGAACCCCAAGUACAUUGUUCUGGAGUCAGACUUCACCAACAAUGUGGUGAGAUGCAACAUUCACUACACAGGUCGCUAUGUUUCUACAACAAACUGCAAAAUCGUCCAAUCCUGAUCUCACAGAGGAUGGACAGACGGUCAAUCUCCCUACUCCCCAAAGCCGGCCAGGCUCCCCCAGGAAGCCUCCUGCCAGGACCGACCCGGCCCGAGGGGCCCAGCCCCCCCACCCCCACCCCCACCCCACAGGCAGGGGCAGCUGGAAGCCACAGGCAUCCCUCCCUGCCGGCCUCAGGGAGCAAACGCAGACCGAAACCACAGGGAUUCCGGAUGCCAGGCCCAAUUUUGUACUUAACUCUUCUCUACAACGGUAUUUUGUCAGUUGUUGGUUUUAUUUUUUAUAUUUUGGCCAUAUCACGGAGCAAGAUUGCCCAGACCUGGGCUGAAUAAAACAAGGGUUUUCUA